UGGGCACAGUGCAAAAUGAUCACAAUGCGUCUGUUUUUCCUGUGCUUGCUUGCAACUCCGGCAGCUGUACACGGAGGCACAACAGAAGCACUGCUGACCAUGCAGCCUACUUGGACUAGGUUUUUUUCAUAUGAAAAAGUCACUCUAAAAUGUAAAAUUAUUCCUUAUAAAUAUCCAUACCAUUGUAAAUUCUGUGAUGAAAGUGGCUAUUGCCGUGACGGUGAGUUUUGGCACUACAAGGAUUAUUGCAGUAUUCAAAUAACCACCAGAUACAGUGAAAAAUUCUACUGUGAAGUUAAUGGUGGUAUCAAGAGCAACACCAUCAACCUGAUAGUAACUGAUAACUACAGUCCCCUUUUGACCCUGGAGCCAGAACCAACUGAGAUAUUUGAAAUGGAUACUGUUACAAUGAGAUGUCGUUGUAGAUAUAACAACAAUGUACGGUUAACCUGGUACAAAGGAGGAAUGGAAAAGCACAGUAACUCCUCGAAAAGCUCUGCUGGGGUUACAUAUCGAAUUAUUUCAGUCAGCAUGUCUGACAGUGAUAUCUACACAUGUAGAGGAUGUCAUUCUUAUUAUAAUUCUCCAAAAAGCAACAUAAUUACAUUGCAGGUUUCAGAACGUCCUAAGGCUGUCUUGAAAAUAGAAGUUGAAUGUUCUGACUUUAAAAAAAAGAAAGUGAAACUUCGAUGUGAGAUACCUGGGAAAUACAAUGACUGGGAAUAUGAAUUUAACAAAAAUAGAAAUAUAAUUAAGACAAAUUGGAAUAAUGUUUUUGAAAUUGAACAUAUACCUAGAUAUGAAUACCAGUAUACUUGUCAAGGACAUCUGGAAAGACCACCUUCCUACUCAAAACUAAGUGAUCCUAUCACACUCACACCAGGAGGAGAGGCCAUAACUGAACCCAUUCUGGAAUUUAGUCAGAACCAAGUCUGGGAAGGAGACCUGGUUACUCUCCACUGUGACACCCAAGUAAAUCGAUGGUAUGCUGUCUCAUCACUACGUUACACAUAUUACAAAGAUCAGGAAAUUCUGAAAACCGUUCUAAAUGAAAGUACAUUGGAACUCAGACUCACCCGUUUCAAUGACAUGGGGAAAUAUUCAUGCAGAGUGACCAAUGAGGGAACUGAAUGCACAAGAUCUAGUAAUCCUGUUACCCUCCAUGUUUCAGAAUUAAUUUCCAGUGUGAUCCUACAAGCAGACCCCACAGCCUUUGUGAGAGAAGGUCAGCCUCUCAUUCUAACGUGCAGUGCCAAUGUGAUGAAGCCUCAUUUCACUGAACCCCUGCUAUACACGUUUCUAAAGGAUGGCGAGCCAGUGAAAGAAAGCAGCUCCUCAGCACAGUAUACGACAACUGCCAAUGAAAGCCACGCUGGAAAGUAUGAAUGUGAAGGGCAGUUAAACACAGUGACAAAACGAAGCCUGCCAGUGUCUGUCCAUGUGCAGAUUCCAGUAUCCACACCAGUGAUGGUCAUCAGUGGAAACAGGACAACAUCUCCAGGGGACAGUCUUCAUAUCAGCUGUCAGUCAUCCAGAGGCACUGACCCAAUCCACUACCAGCUCUACUUUAAAAAUCAACAAAAUAACAACAUCCAGCUGACAGAAGACUCCAAACCCAUCUCUUACAAGCUGAAAAUCACUGGAGAGGUCCAGACUGGGUCAUACUGGUGCAGGGCUAAUAACAGUGAAGAAGAUGAGCCAGCACUCAGCAAUGCAAUCAACAUCACGGUCAUUGUGCCAGUGUCUGGCGCUAGUCUCAUCUCCAAUCUGAGUGGCACCGGAGUUUCAAAGGGCGUCAGCGUCUUUUUGACAUGUACACUGAAUGCAGGCACCCGGCCCCAUUUCUUUUGGUUUCAUAAUGGACAUGAGCUUCCAAGCAUCGAUCCAGCCAAGACAUACGCACUGAGUGAGGAUGGGAAUUAUCUGACCAUCUACUCUGUGAGCGAGCGCCACGAAGGCGACUACUACUGCGUUGCUGUCAAUGGACAUGACGACAGUGAGACCUAUACCUCCAGCAGCAGUAUUGUACAGCUGAGAAUAGCUCACUCAUCUUCUGUAGCCCUUAUCAUCACAGCCAUUCUGAUCACCUUUCUUCUGGUUAUCUGCAUCGCCUUUCUUGCAAUCAGAUAUCGUUCUUACUGCAGCGAAUGGAGGAAAUAUGUAGAGAAGCCCAAAGUAAACAGACAGAACUCUAGGCUACCAGCUGUGCCAACAGCCCCCCCUAUGGAUGAGUGGAGGGAGGAAAACAAUCCGGUGCCAGCUGCCAGUUCAGAUGAUAGAUUCCCUAUAGACGAUCAACCUACAGGUGAAGGAGUGGUCUACUCUAUGGUGGACAUCAAGAAGACAACAGGAGCAAACUGGAAGGAAUCCAAGGGCAGAACGGGAUCAGCCAACUCAGACUCUGUGGAGUAUUAUGUGACAUAUGCUAAGGUCAACGUGAGGGGCUCCGUUAAGAAAAACGUCCAUGCAUCUGAAGAAGAGGAAGAAGGAGGGACAGAUGAUGAGGCUGAAAGACAAGAAGAGAGAAAAAUUCUGGAAGAUGUCAGAGAGAAUGUAUACUGCAACAGCGAGAAUCUGUAUGAAAAUUUUAAAAUGAACUGAGAACGAACCAGGCACAAGAGCAUCGGAGGUGCUUCCUGGAUGAUGAACUCACUUGAAGUGAUGUAGCUGUUAGAGCUAAUGUACAGUAAUGGUCACAUAUGUACAGAAGAGCUGACAUGCAGGUCAAGAGAACAUAUUGAUGUGCAAACCAGUGGCCUGCCUUUCUGUAGGAUAUUCACACAGUGGGACUGCUGACAAUCCAUUACUACUCCACAAAGAAAAUGAUGUGAUGCCGUAAAAUUAUAUUGGCUUUUAUCAUCAUGUAUUUGAUGAGGGGCUAUCUUCAAAAUGUAGCUGUCAUAAUAGUGACCUGUAAAUAAAGAAAUAACAUUUACCCGCCUGUCCAGUUAUUUAAUAGCCUAGUGCUUCCAGGAGAACACUUUGGCUGCUUGUUUUCAAUCUGAGCACUUCUGUAAUCAAAGUCCAUUUCCUGCUUUUAGGGAAAGCCUUUGCUGGUAUUUUAUAUGUCUAAAUGUAAGAUACCAAACAUAAUCAAACCCACUUACACUAAUUCAGUGUUGUGAGAGGAAGAUCUUAUGUCAGCAGCAUAAGUCC